UUCCUCAGCUAUGAAUCAGAGCCUCUGAAAAUGAUGUGGCAGCCUUGAGAUAUAUAUUUAAAAAAAAACAGACUUCCUCAUUGAGUCGUGAUGACGAUGUGAAGCGGUGAUUUGCAGACACAUUAGAGGCUCAGCAGCAGCAGCAGAAAUACCCCGGACAGAGCGGGUCUCGUCCAGCCGCUUCCCGCCGCCCACACUUCCGGAGCAGACCCUGUUACAGGCAGCUGCGGGUCGGGAUGCGUCCGUCUGAGAUGACGGGAGGACGGUGCCAGUGAAACGCGGCGGCUGGUUGCGUUGCGCUGCGUUAAAUCUCGCUUUUGCAAUCUCAGCUGAAGAGAUUGCAUCACAUCAGCAGCAGUUUUUCUAUCGACCGACACUCAGCGGGGAUACAGGCUUUUAAUCCUACUGUCUGCCGUCAACUGUUGCUUAUUUUCACUGUAAAUGAAUCUUGUAAGGUUUAUGAACAACCGUGUUCCUCCUAACAAGCGAUAUCAGCCCACAGACUAUGAGCAUGCUGCCAACUGUGCCACGCAUGCGAUGUGGAUAAUCCCCAGCCUGCUGGGCAGCUCACUGUUGCACUACGAGUCAGAGGACCAAUGGGAGCGGCUGUCAGCCUGGGUAUAUGGGGCGGGGCUCAGUUCACUCUUCAUCAUCUCCACUCUGUUCCACACUGUGGCCUGGAAGAAAAGCCACCUUCGUUCUAUGGAGCAGUGUUUCCACAUGUGUGACAGGAUGGUGAUCUACUUCUUCAUCGCAGCCUCUUAUGCUCCAUGGCUAAACCUUCGGGAGCUGGGUCCGUGGGCAUGUCACAUGCGCUGGCUGGUUUGGGUCAUGGCGUCUUUUGGAACCACCUAUGUCUUCUUCUAUCAUGAGAGGUAUAAACUCAUGGAGUUGAUCUGCUAUACAGUGAUGGGAGUUUUUCCUGCUCUGGUCAUUUUCUCAAUGCCGGAGCAGUCCGGGUUGUGUGAGCUGCUGGUCGGUGGAGCCUGCUACUGUCUUGGUAUAGUCUUCUUCAAAAGUGAUGGCAUCGUCCCAUUCGCCCAUGCCAUCUGGCAUCUUUUUGUAGCUGUGGGAGCAGCCAUACAUUACUACGCCAUCUGGAAGUACCUCUACGCCCAGACUCCCAGGCAGGUCCAGACCUCCAGAUGACAUCAGUGAUGACUUCACAGGAAUGGACUCCUGUGAUUAAACUGCUCUGGAGAGCUGUGUCCAAGUUCAAGGCUUGCUUCAAAUAAGGGUGAACUUGAUUGCACAUUUGGGCCUUUCUGAUAAACUCACAAAGUCAAAGCUCAUAUAUUAUCAAGAAAUCGCCUUCAAUAGUAGGCAGUCUUGCUUUGACUGUUUGUGGGUGCACAAGCAGCACAAAGGAGCAAAUCACAGGCAGCGGCAGACAGCAAGCCUCCCACUCUGGUGCCAUCUUGUUUCAUCUGACAGGACGAUUUUCUACUGCUGCAACAAAAGCAGUCCUAUCAGGCAGCUAGAAAAUACAAACAAAUGUGCUUUGCAUAUUAAAAUCUGCAUUUGCUAGACUCUUUAUGGAAUAAAGUUCCCAGCUAGAGAGAAGUGCAUACACCUCCAAACUACACAUAUUACUGGAAAAUCUAGUUGGAAAAUCUAUAUGCUUCAGAACCUCAGUCUGACCUGCUCACAGUCACCAAUAGAAAAUGUUUUAUACUUUUGAGCACCAAUGUCGCCACCAAGAAAUAUAGAGUGCAGAAUAUCACACCUGACAAUACUCUGUAUUCUCAGCAAUUAACCCAAUGGGGAAUACUUAUAUUCUUUCAUGCUGUUGAUUGGUUAAGAAAACAGCAGAGAAAGACUCAUUGCUAAAAGAUAAUAGCGCAGUAGGAUCAUAAUAACCUUAAAAGUAGGAUUAAAACAUUCCAGUAAAGUUCAAAUGGUGUUGGAGAUGACACAACUCAGCCCAGUUUUGCUGACAACCCUGCUACAAAAUCAGAGGUGAAGCCUCGGGUAAAAACGCAAAUUGGUCAUUGGAUUUGGUUUCCAGCUGCUUGGAAAGCCUUGUGCUCUUCUGAAGGAUUCCUUCAUUCAGAUUUAUCCCCACUGUCUCCCAAGGAUACAAUGUUGAGACAAUGUUAAUUAAAAGUUGGGUAAAUCUUACAACAAUGUCACAGCCUGGAAUAAUGAUAAAAGAUGUCAGAUACCACUAACCUGCAUUAGUUUAUUCAACAAAUGAGGUCUUUCAUGAAAAAAAAGCAAUAGCAGAGACACCGUGUUGUGAUUAAUCUGAGGCAGCUUUGUAAACUUGGACACAGCUAGAAUCCAGACUUUGGUUCAUUUUAAGGUUAUUUAUCACUGUAUUUUCCAGUAAUUUGAUUUUAUUCCAGUGAUCAGGGGUUAGUUGCUAGUAUUGGAGGUUUUUCUCUCUGUGGUGCGCGUCCAGAUUCAGUGUUCAGAGGCUGAAUUCACGACAUUGUCUUAAUGUCAAGAGGAGGACAAUGUUUACAAUUAGCUGCCUUGACUAUCAUCGUAGAUUUAGCAAUUAUUGUAAUCAUAAUUUACACCUGAUAAACAUGAGUAGUUCUUACUUCCAAUCUUUUUUUAGUGACUUACUGUAAUUAUCAAAAUAAGCAUGAAUAGACAAAUUUAUUAAUGUAUAUAUAGCAUACAUUUGUGGUUGCAGCCUUACAGACCCGUAUACAUCCACAAUUACUUGGUACCUGAUUAUGUAGUAUAUUUACUGAAUACUGAUAGUUUUGUGUUGUUGGUUAGAUUUUGCAGAGACGAAUGUCAUCAGUAUCAUUUAUACAGAGAUUAUAUUUUCCUGUGAUGUGAUUGUAGUGUUGAAAAUAUGUGAAAACUAGUGACAUACUUUGUCUGAAACCACAAUGAAUCAGCACUGCCAGAAGGCUGAAUUACUGCCGUAACUGCUAGCACACGCUACCAUGAUUAAACAAUACGUCUUAUCUGAAAGGAAACUGAAGCUAUAGUACUCUUGAACAAUCUGCCCCAAUAUUAAGGCAUCUCAGGAGUGUGUGCGUGUGCGUGUGUGUAUUACUUACUGGGUGCAGUUGUUUGUAUCUUUUACUAUCUUACACCCAUUAAUCCAAAACCCAUGGUUGUCAGUGUUUACAUAUAAAUAGCUUGAGCACAUACAGUAAGUAUCUACUGUAUAUUUGCUAAGAGUCUUUAACUCUGCUUGCCAAACAAGCUUAUACACUUUGAUGAAUGUGGCAGGAGGACGUAAAAGGUCAAGAAAUCUAACAUUUAAAGGUAUUAAAAAAAGCAACUGAUGUGGAUCAUGUUUCAACAGUUGUUUGUCACUCAGGAUUUUACAGCCAAUUUAAAGGACCACCAACCUGCGUCAAUUGUUUGUAUUCUGUCUGGUUGUCACCACAGCUCCACUUGCUUACUCCCAAAUGUUUUCUACAAGUUUUACAUGAUGGUUACUGUUCAGACAGUAACUGAGGUAUGAUAUAAAGGAGCCAGGAAGCUUGGUAUCAAACAGCUAAAAUCAAGUUUCAACACAAUGUUACCUCUGGAAAAAAUGUGUAAAAAGUCUUAAAAUAAAUUAAUGUUUCGUCUUAGUAGCAUAAUCUCACAUCAUUAUAUUCAGAAAAAUCUAAAUUUGAAUGUGAUCAAACACAUUUAGCGAGGAAUAAGUAAGGUUAGAAUGUAUACUUACUUUAUUAAGCAAAGAGUGUUAAAAUUUGAAGUAGACGUCCAUGACUUCCUUUUCUCUGUGGUAUAAAUGUGAUACAAAUUUCUCUUCGGAAGAUGAUGUAAAAAGCAGGGUAACAUGUCAUUCUGCUAAGUUAUGUGAUUCUUGCUCAUAUCUACAGUCCGGGCAGUAAUAAAAAAGAAUAACGUUAAUAUCCUGGAUUACAAUCCUGGAUGAAGAUCUAGGUUUACCUUAAACUGCAGUCACAUUGUUCCCUAUGGUGGUGUAUUAGAAAUGCAUGGUAUGAAAGUCUUAAUGUGAAAAAAUGAAGGAGCUUUUUAUGAAACAUCAAGUCCUGGCUGUCACGUAUUUGAAGUUUGGGUGUUGCAUUUGAUGCACUGCUGUUAUAAGUAGUGCAUGUGCAUUAAGAUUGAUUAAUGGUGGGGAAUACAGUUGGUUCUGCUGCAUCGUGAUGUCAUAUGUUGCUAUUUCUCAAAUGUAUAGAUCAGCUAAACGAGACAAAAUUGAAUUUUCAAUAAUCUAUGAGUAGUCAAAUAAUUAUUGGCCAAAUUAAUCAGAAAAUAUAUGAAGCUGUCAAUUCCAUUGUGUUUCAAAUAGGGUGCACUGAUAAAUUGUCUUCAAUUUCCUUAAUUUUGGGAAAUCAGUGAUCGACUAAAACCUAAAUGAAAAUCUGGUUUUAUCCAUUAAUCUUAUCUACCUUGGCAAAAGUGGAAAUAAUCUACUGUCACCUUUUGCUCUGCUGUAAGAGAGGAAGGACUGAAAGGUCUGAUCAACAGUUCAGAUCUGCAUGUGUGCUGUUAACAAUAGUCACUCCUUGUUGCCAGCAUAGGUACUUUCUUGCUAUAUUUAAUGGCUUUCCAGACAGAUUUUUUCUCCCAAUAAGAAAUUGGUCUUGGACAAAGUUGGAUUUGGCAAGUCAGGCUUUUUAAAAUAUCGGUAAUCAUGAUUGGCCAGAAAAAUGUGAUCGGUUCACCCCUCAGAUACAGGAUGCAUGGUGUUUGGGAGCUGUGGUGCUCAUGUGAAGCGACACGUCCACAUGUAUCUGUGGCAGCCUGGUAAUCUCAUUGUGCGCACUCCAGUGUCAAAUGCAUUGCAACAUGUUGCCUGAGCAUUCGUUUUCCAUGGCAUUACGUUUUUCUAUUCUAUUGAGACAGAAAGUAGAAAAGUGUGUAUUGGGUUAUUAGAACCACACAGUGAAUAGGUAAAAAAUCUCCACAUGAUUUUUCAGUGUGAGGUUAUGCUACUGCUUACUUAUUUUUUAAUCUCAUUAAUUUAUCUUUACCAGGGAUGCCAAUAUAUGUGGAAGACUCUGUGAAUCAAAAUAUGGAUCUUGAAAAUGUUUUAGUUUGUACAAGGAUACAUGCUGACAUCCAUUAGUCACAUUAUUUUUUAAUUUUAAAGUAUGGAUAUUACCAUUGCUUUUACAGACGGUCAUAAAGAAUCUCAAAUUGUGUACCGUAUGAUGCAUAACCUGUUUAUAGCAAAGUAAAUCAUUCUGACAACAUUAAGUAAUGCAUGAAGCCAAGCCAAAUACUAAACAAAUCUUACCCUACAAGUUUAAUUAAAGCGCAUCUCUGUGUUCAAACAUUUACCUCCCUUUUUGAUAAAACAAAAUGCAAUUUACAAGAAAAUAAUGUGAACUGAAUUAUUUGAAAGAAGACUGAGCAACUUCUAACUGUAAAUCUCAAACAAUAGUUUUUUCCUUUUUUGAGCUGUAGAUAUUUCAGAAAGAUGAACCGAUCUAAAAUUAACAACACAUUUUCAUGAUUACAAAUGUAUCACCACAGAUGAGUGGGAUAUUAAUGUUUAUUGUAGAUCUGAAUAUGUCUAAAUGAAGCAAAGAUACUUAACUGAUUCUAAUUUGAGCCAUAUUCAUGAAUACCAAACAGCUUGUAUUUGUAUUCUGUGUUUAUUCAAGAUACAUCGAACAACUGAGUGUUGUAUUGUACUUUAUCAUAUCCAGUAUUAACACUACUUCCAUAAGCGGUUUAAUUAUUUUACUUUUGUGUCUUUAUCCUGCUUACAGUAUUUGUCUCUUUUAGAGAUGUAGUGGACAUAUGACUUUGUAUAAAUUCCAAAAUCUUUACAAACGGCAUAUCUAUUAGUAUUAUUUAUAGACUCUUUGUGAUUAUGAAGCUGCUUAGUGUUUUUAGUCCUGCUGCUGAUCUCUUCCUGUUCCAGGAAAGCUAAAGUAUUUUCCCACAUUCAUGGUUCUAUAGUUUUCAGUUUGGUUAUUGUAUCUGGUGCUUUUCUGUGCUGUGAUAAGCCGAUUUGAUGCUAACAAUGCUUUUAUCUUUUCUAUCUCUGUUAUAAUAAAAAUGCUUUUUCAUGCA